UCCCACUCACCAUUAUCAAAAUUGGAAGCUCUUAACCAAAACCAUUUUCCUUUUUUCCAUUUCCUCUCCUGACCUCUAUUUUCCCAUCUCCCAAACAUUCUCAGAGAAAGAAGGAUUUCGUUUCGACUCUCGAGCUACAUCCCAGUGGCUGGUUGCUUUGUCCUCUGGGAAGAUUUUUAUGCUUGGGUUCUUCUCCUAGCUAGCUAGUUGGUCAUUAAUAAAGUCGACGGAGCAUUGUUUUGGGUACUGGGUCAACGUGGAGGAGGUGGAUGUUUCAACUUCAACUUUGAUCGUUUCCUUUUCUCUCGUUUUCUGGGCUCCUCUCAUAUCCGGCUGAAUCUUCGGCGAGGAAGGAAAGUUCUUCCCUUUCACGUCCUGGAGAAACUAUGGGUGAAUUGGAGCUCUUGUAACUCGGAGGGACAGAGGAAGCUAUAAACGCGGCAGUAAUGGAGUUGCCGAUUGGAGGAGCGAUCUGGCACUCCGGGUUUUGCUGGUUAAUCUUGCUCCUCCAUUUCGUUUACAGAGUUUCCUCCAACGCCGAAGGAGAUGCCUUGAAUGCACUGAAGACAAAUUUGGCUGAUCCUAAUAACGUUCUGCAAAGUUGGGAUCCUACCCUUGUCAAUCCUUGUACUUGGUUUCAUGUCACCUGUAACAGCGAGAAUAGUGUGACACGAGUUGAUCUUGGAAACGCAAAUCUAUCAGGUCAACUGGUUCCCCAGCUUGGUCAGCUGCCAAACUUGCAGUACUUGGAGCUUUACAGUAAUAAUUUAAGCGGCAGGAUUCCUGACGAGCUUGGAAAUUUGACGGCAUUGGUGAGCUUGGAUCUUUACUUGAACAACUUGACUGGUCCAAUUCCAGUGACUCUGGGGAAGCUUGAAAAACUCCGUUUCCUGCGUCUCAACAACAAUACAUUGUCAGGAACUAUCCCUGUGACCCUAACUAAUGUCAUGUCCUUGCAAGUCCUGGAUCUCUCAAAUAAUCAACUAACAGGAGAUAUUCCUGUUAAUGGUUCUUUCUCUCUAUUUACUCCUAUAAGUUUUGCAAAUAAUCGGCUGAAUGUACCUCCGGCUUCUCCGCCUCCUCCUCUUCCACCAUCAGCACCGACUGCUUCUAAUGGAAAUAGUGCUACUGGAGCUAUUGCCGGAGGAGUUGCUGCGGGUGCUGCUCUGUUGUUUGCUGCUCCAGCAAUUGCCCUUGCUUAUUGGCGGCGAAGAAAACCACAAGAUCUUUUCUUCGACGUACCUGCUGAAGAAGAUCCAGAAGUCCAUCUUGGACAGCUUAAAAGGUUUUCUUUGCGUGAACUGCAAGUUGCAUCAGAUAAUUUUAGCAACAAAAACAUUUUGGGUAGGGGUGGGUUUGGCAAAGUGUAUAAAGGACGCCUGGCUGAUGGUACACUAGUAGCUGUAAAGAGAUUGAAGGAGGAGCGUACACAAGGUGGUGAGCUUCAGUUCCAAACAGAAGUAGAAAUGAUCAGCAUGGCUGUCCAUCGCAACUUGCUUCGACUACGUGGCUUCUGUAUGACACCGACUGAAAGGCUACUUGUAUAUCCCUAUAUGGCUAAUGGAAGUGUAGCAUCAUGUUUGAGAGAGCGCCCGGAUUCACAGUCUCCUCUCAACUGGCCAAAAAGGAGGGGAAUAGCGUUAGGUUCUGCUCGUGGGCUGGCUUAUUUGCAUGAUCAUUGUGAUCCUAAGAUCAUUCAUCGAGAUGUGAAGGCUGCAAAUAUAUUGUUGGAUGAGGAAUUUGAAGCAGUAGUUGGGGACUUUGGGUUGGCUAAACUCAUGGACUACAAGGAUACCCAUGUCACCACUGCUGUACGUGGCACUAUCGGGCACAUAGCCCCCGAGUACCUAUCGACUGGCAAAUCAUCCGAGAAGACUGAUGUUUUUGGAUAUGGUGUCAUGCUUCUUGAGCUAAUCACUGGACAGAGAGCGUUCGAUCUUGCUCGGCUUGCAAAUGAUGACGAUGUCAUGUUACUUGAUUGGGUAUGUAUUUUAACACCGUCACCUGUGAAAGGGCUACUCAAGGACAAGAAGUUGGAGACAUUGGUGGAUGGCGAUCUGCAAGGUAACUACAUUGACGAAGAGGUAGAGCAGCUGAUCCAAGUGGCUCUCCUAUGCACGCAAAGCUCUCCCAUGGAACGCCCGAAAAUGUCAGAGGUCGUUCGAAUGCUUGAAGGCGAUGGCUUGGCCGAGAGAUGGGAAGAGUGGCAGAAAGAAGAGAUGUUCAGGCAAGACUAUAACCAUAACCACCAUCCCAACAGCAACUGGAUCGUGGAUUCUACGUCGCAUAUUCCUCCGGACGAACUGUCAGGUCCCAGAUGACGAUGCUGAUGGUAACCAUGAAAUCCAUUGCAUCCCCUUCCACCUUGGACGCCUGUCUUGUGUCUGAAAGUCGGCUUUUUUUGUUCGUUCACACAUUUGUGCAUAUAGUUUUUCUUUUUCGAUUCUCUUUUUGAUUGUCAAUGUGUAGUCUAUACCCCAUAUAUUUGGAUUGGAGCUGGGAGCUGCUGGAAGUAUUGUUGUAAUAUUUUUUUUCAUAGGGGGACAGGACCUUCAAAUGAUGAAAAUGGUGCUAGUGAACAAGGCUGACAAACCAGCCAUGGAAGCAUCCCCCAUUCGCCCUUGUUUUUGUUUUAAAUGUAAUUCAGAUCCCCAAGUCAUUAUUGUAGAUCUUCCUUUGCAUGGAUUAUAAGAUAAUGUUUUGCCCAUGAGUUCUGUGACAUGAAUACAAUAAUCUUUCUGAAUUGCUAGAUGCUGCAUUUUUAAGAUGAUAAUUAAAUAGUCAAAUUUCUAC